UAAAGUGGGAAACCAUCAAGUUCCACAAAUCGCAUCUGCUUCAACUCCACCGCCGCCGCUUCCUUCCUUCCUUCGGUCCCAUCUGCUCCCCCGUCGCCACCUGCGCCGGAGCUGCCCGCGGGCGCGCCGCCGCUAGUCGACGGCACCACCGCCCCCUGUCGUAGCCGGCUCCGCGAAAGCCCGGGCUCUCACCGAAUAAUACCUCCAGUCGUCCGGUGCAAGUGCAACGGCAUCCGCCACCAGGCUGUGGGCUGUGCCCCCCCGGCAUGGCACUCGGAGGGGAGGGGCUCAACAGGUCUAGGUACUGUAUUUGCAGACUCGGCUGAAGAAAUUGGUUGCUGUUAGGAUGAAGACCAAGACAAGUAGGAGCUUACAGAGGUCAGGGAGGGGUAACCAUGUCCAAGGAGAAGGGACAAACUGGGUUCUUGUUGCAGGGGGUAUUUUGCUUAGCACACUUUCAGUCAGGCUUGGUUGCAAAUUAAAGCAGUUGUUCGAUGGGAAGCAGGAAAAUAAUACUUCCAAAGCUAAAAGAAGGCCUGAAGCAUGUGAGCGGCACUCGGACCUCUACCGGUUCAGUGACCAAACUGACUGCUACUACUGUAUUUCAGGGCUUGCAGAUGGUGGAGUGGAAGUCAAGCAAGCACCUGUAAGUCCUGUACCCAAAUCAGUUGAACCCUCACUUCCACUUGUCAAGAUACCUGCCCCAGAACCAAGCAAAGAGAAUAGCGGUGUUAUGUGGAUAUCCUCACCUGAUCGGCUUGAAGAUCCUCGAAGACCAUUUCAUUACUCUAACAGUUCUGGCUCUCCCAGUGUUUCAGAAUCAGGGUCUGAUAUCUAUAGCAAAAGAGAGGUCAUACAGAAGCUGAGACAGCACCUCAAGAAACGUGAUGAGAUGAUCAUGGAGAUGCAAGCCCAGAUUGCUGAUCUUAAGAAUUCUCUGAACAUUCAGGUGACACAGUCCACCAAUCUGCAAUCUCAGCUGGAUGCUGCCAAUCGGGAUCUGUUUGAAUCUGAGCGAGAGAUCCAGCAUCUAAGGAAGAUUAUUGCAGAUCAUUGUGUUGCAGAGGCACUGGCACAUGAAAAACCUUUGCAAGCUGGACAUUGGCAGUCAGAUGCCACAAAUGGGCAUUCUAAUGGCUAUGCUGAUGGUAGUAUUGAUGAUGCUGAUCUGCAUUGUGUUGGCAUGGAGAAGAGGAAGGGAGAGGUAGAGAGGGUGGAGAUGCUCAAGAAAGAGGUUGUUGAACUGAAGGAAGUUAUUGAGGGAAAGGAUUUUGUGCUUCAGAGCUACAAGGAACAGAAGGUGGAACUCUGCUCAAAGAUCAGGGAGCUGCAGGAAAAGCUCUCAGCACAAGUGCCAAACAUCUUGUAGGAUCUAUGCAUGAUGCUGUUUAGAAGAAUGAUGCUGCCAUGUCCCAUGAGUGGAAGGGAGGGUCCCACUUCGAUGAGUAUUUCAGGAGAAGCUCUUGGCCAUCGUCACACAUGCCAAACACCAUGCUAGGAUCUUUGCAGAAUGCUUCUCUUUUUCUUUUUGAGAGGAACUUUGCAUAAUGUUAGGUUGAUUUAUUUCUUUCUUUGCUGUCAUAAUGUUAGGUUUGUUUGCUUUCUUCCUUUUUCAAUAUCUGCCCCUUGGUUGCUCAGAGUUUACAAGGGAUUCUUUUUUUUUUCCUCAGUUGCUAGGCCUAGGGUAACUCAAGUUGCUGUACAGGUUUAUCGGUUUUCCAAGAGACACAAAAGUCUGGAGUGUGCUUCUACCUCCUCUUUUCAUUGCAGUUCAGUUUUGAGUGACGGUCCUUGAAAUGUAUGGUCGAUGACAUUUCUACAAUGAGAUUUGCUAGACCUAUCUGUGACAUUGCUCUUGUCUGUGAUUCAAUCUGAUUAAAAAGAGAAUUCAAUCGAAA